ACAUACCCAACCCACCACGCUUUACAACAUGCAAAUCAUUCUGGACUUGUGGGUCAGUGAAGAUGGUCAACAGUUCAGAGAUUCACAUUGUUUGGGAUUGUAACGGAGGUGAUGAUGUUUUCAUUAUUGACCGUGACAGUCCUUUGGUCAAGGGCUGUGUAAAGGAGGGCUACUGUGUAUUCUUAGACUAUUAUGGAAGUGAAGAUCCUAUUGAUCCUGACACUAGCACCCAUAAGGUUUCUCUUCGCUUUGGUAGCUGUUGGACCAAGAAGCUUCCUCUUGCCAUGAAGACAUGUCUAGGAGACUUUAGACCUUGUGACAAUAACAAUGGCGGCUGUGAACACAUCUGCGAGAUGUCACCAGGGCGCACAUGUAGUUGCCAUGAUGGCUAUGUCCUGAACAGUGAUGGCUACUCUUGUGAUCCACUGCCACCAACCACCCUACCUCCAACCACCGAAGAGCCAACCACACCACCUCCCUCUGGUAACUGCUCCUGUGCUGACCCAACUGGAAAAGGACACUGGUCUCCAGUGUUGACCUCUUAUCAAGCAGGAGGCUGUCUUUCACUACAACCCACCAAUUUUGACGCAGCCAGUGCCGAGAAGUACUGCAGGUAUCUUGAUGGGGAAGACUCCAUGAAACUCCAUCUUGUGAGAUUCUAUACCAAAACUGACUGGGAUAAUAUUGAGAAAUGGUUGCAGAGCUUUGGUUUCACGGAAUCUAGGAUAUACUGGACUGGAGGCAAAGUUAAAUACAUUUGUGGUAGCAAAAUCAUGAUACAGUGGAACUCUGAUGGCUAUAAAGAUAUCCUGUGGAUUGAUCGCCAGGAUCCAAACAACCCAUUCAAGGUGCAGGGCAGUGCCAAAGUGAACUACUGCGUCCAGCUACACUAUAAGGGAAGUACAGAACCCAUAGACCCCAACAGCCAGUCUCACAAGAUAGUCCUGCAGUUUGCUACCUGCAAGGCCAACAAGAUGCCAUUGUGCCAGAAGAAUUGUGAUGGAGCCUUGAGCAGCACACCAUGUGUUUGUAGGGCAGCUGCAAACAUGGACUACACCACCUAUGAUCAGAGCAACAUCCACUUUGAUGGCACCUGCAGAUACCUGCUGUCUGGGUACUGCCCUGCAGGUGAUCCCAGCCUUCCAGGAUUCAAAGUAGAUAUUGAUCACAAAGAUGGAAGUUCCACUGCUCGCUUCGUGGAUGUGACCAUUGACAGUCACGUUGUUAGACUUGGACCAGGGCUUGCCAUUCAGCUGAAUGGAGAAAGCAUUUGCGCACCGAUGAACAUUGGAAAUAAGAUACGCAUUGGCAUGCUUCCAAAUUACAACACCUAUGUGGCAACCAACUUUGGGCUGCGAGUUACUUUUGACAAUAACCAUGUUACAGUCCGAGCUCCUAGCAGCUACAAGGAUGAGAUGUGUGGAAUAUGUGGCAGUUGUAAUGACAACGCUAUUGAUGACUACACAACUGCUAGUGGUCAAGAUGUUUCCUCCCUCGAUCCAGAAGAGCGUGACAAUGAGAUUGGUAUCAGUUACCAAAUUGAAGGUGGAAGCCAAGAGUGUACUAAUGGAACAACAAAUGUAGACACACCUUGCUCUGUGGAUGACUUGGUGAAAGCAAACAGCAUCAAUUUCUGCGGCCUAUUGAACAGUCCCGAUGGAGCAUUUGCAGAAUGUAUAGCAUCAGGCAGAGUCCAGUCCACACAGGAUAGGUUGGAUUCUUGUGUGAGAGAUGUGUGUUCUCUUAGUGUGAAGUCAUGGAAGAAAGCAAAGGAAUCGGCUUGCAGUGUUCUUGAAGAGUUUGCCACUGAGUGUAGACAAGCUGGAGUCGGUACAGGAGAUUGGAGAGCUGCCUCUGGCUGCUGUGAGUGACAAGA